AUGAGUCUUUUUGACGAUCUCCCUGAGCCAAGUGGGGAAUGUACCGAUCUACAUAAAUCUGAGGUAUUAGGAGGGGACCCCAGUUGGAAUGAGUCCGAAUCUUUUGUCAAACUUACUCCAUAUCUUUGUUCUGUUGUCGCAAGAAAAGGCGAGAGACCGGAGAUGCAGGAUUCCCAUAUUGUGGUUGAAAACCUAGUAGAGCUAAUGUAUCGGGGAGUCUCCAAUGAAAUAGCUAGAGUAUGCUAUUUCGCAAUUUUUGAUGGACAUGGAGGAGCAAAAGCAGCCAACUUCGCCUGCAAACGUUUACAUCAACAUAUAGCCUCGCGAUUUCCUCGAGGUGGGAUGCAACAGGUAGAAAAGGAUAUUAAGCGUGUAUUAUACGACUCUUAUAAGAAAACAGAUGAGGAAUUUUUGAGAGAGGCUUGUCAGCAGCGCCCUCACUGGAGAGAUGGUAGUACAGCAGCAACAAUCUUAUUGGUCAAUAACACAUUAUACAUUGCAAAUCUUGGUGACUCAAAAGUUGUCCUAGCCAGAUCCAUUGAAUCCCCGUCUGAAUCUAAUAACCUUAAUGUCAAUGGUGACAAGAUUUUGACUGACUCCAAAUUGAGUGCAAUCUGUCUAACGAAAGACCACAACCCUAUGGACUAUGAGGAACGACAACGUAUUCAAGCUACCGGGGCUUCUGUUCAAAAUGGUCGUGUUAAUAGCAUCUUAGAAGUUAGUCGAUCAUUUGGAGACUACCAAUUUAAGAAACAAGGUGUUACUUGUAUCCCGGAUGUGAAAAAAUGUCAGCUAACGGAUAAUGACCAAUUUUUGUUAAUAGCUUGUGACGGGUUAUGGAAAAGUUUUCCUCCAAAUGAAGCCGUACAUCUCACUCAUCAACUUUUAAUGCGAGAAAUUGAAAACUAUAAAAAUGAACAUGGAUCCCAAAAUGGUCAAUCUACUGAUUUUUCUGCGGUUUUGUCUCAACGGCAUCUGGACUCAGUAUGCACACAUUUGGUUAGUGAAGCUGUUCUUCGUAUGUCAGGUGAUAAUGUGACUUGCAUCUUGUUGGUUUUUCCAACUACCUUUGUUAAAAGACAUUAUUCUACUGAUCUUCGAGAACAUUCGCCUAUCAAUCAGGAUGAUGAUUCUUCAGAACCAAGUUCUAAAAUACCACGAACUGAAAAGUGA